CCUCCCUCCCUCCUCCCUCCUCCCCUUCAACGGAAGCAGGCGGAGAAUCCCUCGCGGCCGGGUCGGCCGAUGCCCAGCUGGCGGGCGGCGAGGAGGAGGAUGCUCCGCCUGGCUGCGGGGCUGCUGGCGGCCUGCCUCCUGGCCGUGAUGGUGGGCCGCUACGGGCCUCCGGGGACGCGGGGCCCGGCACCCAGGAGACGGCCCUUCGCUCCCGAGCCCGCGCCGGGCGCCCAGCCCAACAACCUCUUCUGGGUCGUUCAGGUAACAGAUGUGCACAUCAGUAAGUUUCACAGUCCUACCCGAGCACCUGAUUUUGAAAGAUUCUGUAGGGAAACAAUUCCUGUAAUUCAGCCUGCUCUUACUUUAGCAACAGGUGACUUAACUGAUGCCAAAACGAAGAACACACUUGGGUCUGAUCAGUUUGAAGAAGAAUGGCAAACAUACCAGACAGCCUUAAAGAGAUCGAAGGUCAUGGAGCAAACGAAGUGGAUAGACAUAAAAGGGAAUCAUGAUACCUUCAACAUUCCUCAUCUAAAGAGUGUCAAGAAUUACUACAGGAAAUAUUCUGGUUGGCAGAAAGAUGGCUCCUUUCAUUACAUCCACAGCACACCUUUUGGCAACUAUUCUUUCAUCUGUGUAGAUGCAACUCUCAAUCCAGGUCCCAAGAGGCCCUACAAUUUCUUUGGGAUAUUAAAUGCGGAUCAAAUGCAAGAGUUAUCUUUGUUGGCUGCAGAAAGUCAUAACAGCAACCACACCAUCUGGUUUGGUCACUAUCCUACCUCAUCAAUUAUCUCUGCUUCUCCAGGAAUACGAAUGGCAAUGAGCUCUGCUACAGCUUAUUUGUGUGGGCACUUUCAUACAGUGGGUGGUCUGUUGCCUGUCCUACACACUCGUCACCAUCAUGGUACUUUAGAAUUGGAACUUGGAGACUGGAAGGAUAACAGGAAGUAUCGGGUUCUUUCAUUUGAUCAUGAUCUCUUCAGCUUUGUUGAUGUGACAUUUGACGAAUGGCCUGUAGUUCUUAUCACCAAUCCCAAGCCGUAUCUUUAUAGUAGUUCUGCUCAUGAACCACUACAGAGAAUACUUCAUUCUACACACAUCAGGAUUUUGGCCUUUUCGCCCUCUCACAUCAAUUCUGUCGAAGUCAGUAUUGAUGGUGUUAAUCUGGGAAAUGCUGUUCAGGUCUCUGCACAUCUCUAUGUACUGAAGUGGAACCCCCAGAAUUACAGUCUAGGCUUUCAUCAGAUAGAAGUGAUAGUUCAGGAUAUCAGUGGUAGAAAUACUACUCAGGUUCAUACAUUUGCUAUGGAAGAAAACUUGUCUCUCAAAUUUGGCCUGUUUGCUUCUUGGCUUCUUCUUACUGACCAUUAUAUAUGGGUUCGAACGUUGUUCAUUUUAACAGUUCUAAUUCAGAUUCUCUUGCUGAUUUUUUUCCGAUAUCGAAGAACGCCAACUUUAAAACAACCUCUGGGCAAAGCAGUGCGGAUCUCUUUUUCUCUCCACGUCCUCAGUAAAAUAGAUUUAUUUUAUUACUCAUUUCUGUUGCUGACUUUGUAUACUGUCCUAGGGCCCUGGUUUAUUGGCGAGAUUAUAGAUGGCCAUAUAGGCGCCUGUUUUUCCUUUGGGGUAUUUGUUGAUGGUCAUUUCUUUGAAGGCAGCAUAACAUUCCUCAUUGCACUUGCACAGAUGCUGUUUUUUAACCUACCAUUGAUGGCAUAUACAUGUUGGUGUCUCUUUUUACGUUGCCAAGGGCAUUGCUUUAGCUCCCAUCUACGUCAAGUCAGACAGUGUUGGGUUGUGCCCAUCCACUUCUGCAUGUCACUCCUAUUUUUAUGGCAGGUCUAUUCCUGUUAUUUCCUGCUGAUGACAUAUGGAACUAUGUCUUUUUUCUUCUCUCCACUGAGAACUUGGGCUGUGACUCUAACCCUCUUUCUGUUCUACAGAACAUGGAGACUGCAGUCUUCCAUGCUUAGAACUUUCAUUUUGGAAAUGAAAAACUACCAAACUUCGAAGUAGCAACUCUUCAGGCAACUGAAGAACACUUUCUUUUAAAAGAUUGUCACAUGAUGAAGCUGUGAAUGAUAGAUUUGUAUGACCACUGCUGUCCUGAAAAUAUGUCUGUACUGUGAAAUAAGGCUUUCAGAAGAUCAAAGCUGUGAGAGAUCUACAGUGCUCUGGAACUAUUUAUUGCAUUUGUUGACAGAAAGUUAGUUUGACUUGCUCUCAUUUUAAUACUGAACAAAGUUCAUCAGUGGACUACUGUAAUGAAUUGUAACUGCUCUUACUUUUCAAUGUUUACACACGUUGCACCAUACCUAAACAUGGAAAUACUUAUUGCUUUGUCACAUGUAACUGAUACAGCUCUAGUACAAAGCUAAACAGCAAACAACAUAUCUUCUUCCUGCUUUAGGCAGGCAAAUCCUUCACCAUCAUCAUUUCAUUUAAGGAGAUACUUUUGAAAUUGCCCUUGGAAUCCAAAGUAGUUACUGUGCAGCCUUAAUUUUGUCUAAAAACUGAAUAUUUAUUGCCCUUCAGCCACUUAUUGUGGUUCACAAUAGAGCAACACAAAAUCAAAAUAAAACAGAUAAUAACUCUACAAUCAGUUAUAAGUAAUAGAUUUCUAAGGAAACAGAACAUCUGCACAUAAUGUAAGUAUAAGUAUGGAACAUCUGCACAUAAUAUAAUUGAGCUCAGAUAUGAAAUUCAUUGGACACAACUUCCAUUCUCCACCACUGACUGAAAGAGUUUGUAGUCCUACAACAUCUGUAAGGCCAGAAGGCCUAUCUUUGAGCUACUCUUCUGAUUUGAAAACUAACAAGUCAGACCACAUGUUUGCAUAUUGAUACAAAAAUGCUGUGCAAAGGACUUGGCAGUAACGGGUGAAGUGGGGGGAAACAUGUUCUCAUUGAAAAUAAUGUAACAGCUGCUGACUUUUCAGUGUAAGAUGUAUCAUAUACUCUUAAUUUUCAAACAUUAUGGAGGCCAUUUGCUCUUUUAUUUGUUUACAUAAUACAAAAUUUAAAAACAUACUACCAACAACUAAAAAGAAAUUGAUUUUUUGUUUCUUUAAGUAAUGGUCAUGCAUGAGAUUUUACAAUGCAUUUCCAAGCUUUAACUGUACAAGUGCAUUUUGAAUAUUUUAUAGACUUGUCUUGUGACCAUUAACUAUGCUGGUUAGGACUGUGCAGAGUUUUGCUCAAACAUCAAAAGGGUGCAGGUUGAGAGACAUGAAUAUAGGAAAUGCAGAAUUUUCACUGAAAGCUGCAGCCCCAUCUCAACUCUUUUUCUAACAUCUGAACUACUUUGUUCUGGUGACCUGGCAGCGCUUCCAGCAGCAGACAAUGAAGUGAGAUGGAGAAUGCGGUGUCAUGAAAUCAGGAACCAAGGUCUUUCAUAUUAGCAUGUGUACCUUUAAGUUGCCUGCCAAUGUAUGGCAACCUUAUGAAUUUCACCAAGUUUUCUUAGCCAAGGAAUGCUCAGCAGUUAUUUACCAUUGCUUUUGUAUGAUGCACAGGGGUGGGGAAAUUUGAAUUUGCAUCUGCCUUUUUCAGCAGCAACCUCAUGUUUCUUAAAAUAAACAUCAUUCUGCCUUUAA